AUGAUGGAACUUCCUUUCAUUUUAUUGGAUACUUUCUCAACAUUCAUCAUAUAUGUAUUCGAAAAACAAGAUAAUUCAUUUGACUCGUUACGAAAAGAAGCAAUUUUAUCGAUUUUUUACAUUGCAACUUCAUUUCAAAGCGACCAUCACCCUGUUGCACGUUUUGCAGCAAUGUCAAUACUGUUAUCAAUCUCUAGAUCGAAUGUUUACGGCGAUAAAACGUUUUUAAUUGCUGCUUCUUGUGUUUUAUUAAAUCAACAAAUAGCUCUUAGUAAUUCAAGGGAAUGCUUCAUGUUAUCAAUGAGAAUAUUCUUUAACAUAUUCAAAGAUAAUUGUUUCGAACUAUUUUCUUUAUUUUCUCCAUGUUUUUCUUUGAUAUUAAAUUAUAUUUUGUCACCAGAGCCGAAUAUUCUCUUCAGAUCAUCGGCAUUCGAGACUGUAUAUGAUUUCAUAUCCCAACCGAUGUUUACUCAAAAGCUUUUUGCAAAUACAGACAAAAUUGAAAAUUGUCCACGACUUUUUGACAAAUUACUUGAGGUUGUCGUGUUAAUCGCUAAGACACCAUCCGGAAUACCUGAUUCCCAACAGAUGGCGCUCAACGUAAUCUCUGUUAUCACACAUCAGCUGUCAACAAUUACAGGGCGGUUUGACGAGGCCGAUAUCAUUGAUGACAACGAGACAGAAAAAGUUUACAACGAAUUUACGGUCGAAUUUAAUCAGAAAUUUAAAAAAUUUAUCGAAUUUGGAGACGCAAAAGAGCUUGCAAAGCGUUUAUUCGUAUGCGAUGGAGUCACACCUAACAAUAUUGGCGAGUUUUUCGCAUUAAAAAACGAUUUCGCCAUAGAAACUUUGAAAUAUUACUUAGAUUUGUUCAAAUUCGAGACAAUGGACUUCGAUGAGAGCAUAAGGACCUUCCUUGUAUCAUUCAAAUUGGCUGGAGAAGGUCAAAUUGUUGAUAGAAUUUUAGAUAAUUUUUCUCAAAAGUAUCACUUAUGUCAUCCAGGAGAAUUUAAGUCAGCAAGUGCUAUACAUCUGCUCGCUUAUGCAUGGGUUAUGCUACAAACAUCAAUGUUCAAUAGAAAUGCAACAAAAGAUUCAUUUGACCAGUUUCGCUCAAUGUUGAGUGGCCAAAACGACGGCGGAAAUUUCGAUGAGGAGUUCUUAAAGCAGAUUUACCAAAGUGUUAGUAGGUUUUCCGUUCCCGCUGAACAAGAACAUAAAAUAAAUUGCCUUUCCUAUUGGCAUUUGUUACUUUUGAAGUCACAAGCAUACAGUAAGCCUCUAAAAUGUGAGAAUGAAGUCAUCAGCAAAACGAAAUCCCUUUUUGCAAGAAUGUGGACAUCAAUAUCUCCAAUUUUAUCAGCCAGUUUCUUGCAGGCUCAGUCCAAUUUCGAUGAUAUCCUAUCUCCAUUCUUCGGAACUGCAAGAAUUGCGUCCCUUAUUGAAGCAACAGAUGUUUUAGAUUCAAUUAUGAAAACAUUUUGUUCGUACGCUAUCGGAGAUUUUGCUCAGGAGAAGACACAGUGCGCACUCAAAUUCGUUUCGGUCGUCGCUCGUGAGUUUGGAACUGGAAUUCGAGAAAUUGGCUGGAAAAACUACGCAGAUGUCUUAGUUGCUCUGUUCCAACUUGACUUAUUAUGCGAGGAAAUAUGCGCAGAAACGAACGUUUGCGAUGGAAACAAGCAGAUGAUACUUAGUCCGAGAAUGCAACAAAGAAGUGAGAGAAGGAACUCUUCAUCUGUGAUGACAAUGUUCAGGAGAAUAGGGAGAAGUGAUUCCGACUCCGAAAUCAACCUCGGAGGAAGUCAACAAAUUAAAAUAUUUAUUUUUGAGACCGGAAUUCACUCAAUUGCCAAGCAAUCGCUUAGAUUUUCCUACAAAUCCCUUCAAGAUCUCAUUAAAGCGUUCUCAGAGACCUCAAAAGCCAUGGAAAACAAUGUUGACACAAAUUGUGUCUUUAUUGCAUUUUGUGUUCAUGUUGUCUGCCAGAUAUCCGCUUCAAACUCACAGAGAAUACAGAGUUUGUGGGAAUCUGUCUAUGGUUACAUUAAAAAUGUCUUCAUAUUAAGUAUGACGACGAAAAGUGGCAAAUUAUUAUCAUCCUUAUCUCUUAAUUCAUUAUUUGUCCUUUUCGAUGAAUUAUGGUGCGAAGAUUGCAUGAAAGAAACGAUAAUUGAUUCAUUAAUAAAUUUAUCUAAGUUUGAUUCCGCUUUUAUCAAGCCAAACAUAGAUAUAAUCAACUCAGGAUUAUCUCUUUUCCUUCAGCAUCACGCCAGCACCUUCAUUCCCAUAUACAAUUGGACUCCGAUUCUUAAUUUCAUCAGUAUCGGUGUAGAUUGCAGAGUAGAGAAUGGUGUAGGAUAUUUAUUCCAUUCGAUUAUUGCCAAACAGAACUUCAGUGCGCCAGGAGUUCCAGGUGUUGACAAAUUCAUUGAAUUUUGGAUGCCAGUUCUGCAAAUUGCAGCAUUACUUUGUAUCUCAGACAACGAACAGAACUAUGUUGAGAGAUUCCGUGAUUUCCAAUCAUUGCUUCUUUUCCAGAGCAUGCCAAACUUGGAUGGUUCUCGAUGGCGUGAUGUUUUCGAGAAAAUUUUGUUUCCUGUCAUGGGACAGUUGACGAUGUUGGCGAUGAAGAAGAGCGAGAGUGGACAGAAAGCUCUUCUCAUGGCCAAAUUGAUCAUGUCAACAUUUUUGUUUGCUCUGAAUAACUUGAUUGGAACAUCAGCAUUUGAAUCAACUUGGUACAGAAUUCUCAAGUUUUCUCUUGAUUUGACGAAGAUAAGAGAUGAUGACGUGAUUGAAGCUGUUCCAGAGAUGUUGAGUAAUGCACUGAGAGUUAUGAAAGCAAGCGGAAUCUUCGAUGGUGACCAGAGAAAGAGUAUGUGGGAUGUCACGAAGAAUGCAAUCACUUCUUCUUUCCCUGACUUUUCUAGUUCAAUUUUAGAUGAUGAUUAA